AUGGCUGAGGCGGGGGAUGAGGUGUUGGUUCUGUUGGGUGUGGACGGCAGCGAACACUCUGUGUACGCCUUUGACUGGUACGUACACAACUUUCACAAGGCCGGGAACAAACUUAUACUGGUCCACGUCCCGGAGCCAGCCACACACGUUUCCAUGAUGAGUCACACCAAGCUACAGGAACACCUGAAGCAGUAUGAAGAAAAGAUUGAAGCCAUGAAGGUCAAAUACCUGGAGAAGAUGGAAGCUCGAGGGAUCGAGGGCGAGUUUCUCCGUAUCAUCCAUGAGAAGCCCGGACAUGCUAUCGUGGAGUGUGCCGAGGAAAAGCGUGUCAAAUUUGUUGUCAUUGGAACUAGAGGACAGAGCCAGGUGAGGAGAACCAUCAUGGGCAGCUGCAGUGACUACAUCGUCCACCACUCGCCCGCUCCCGUGCUGCUCUGUCGUCACUCCAAGGGCUGGCAGAAGGAGUUCAAAGACAGGGAGAAAAAAGAAAAGAAAGAAAAGGGAAAAAAGAAAUCGAGAUAG